AUGUCGGAAUCAACAGCUUCAGCCACCGCUGCAACGGCCGGUGGUAAAGUUUACCGUAUCGGAACCCGUUCCUCCCGCCUGGCAAUGAUCCAAACCAACAUCGUCCGAGAUGCAUUGGUAGCGCUGAACCCCACCGCCACCUUCGAGAUAACCUCCAUGAAGACCAUGGGCGACAAAGAUAAAGUUACAGCCUUACAUUCAUUUGGAGCAAAGAGUUUAUGGACUUUGGAGCUUGAAUCUCUGUUAUUGGAAAAAGAGGUGGAUUUGAUUGUUCAUUCCUUAAAAGAUAUGCCGACCCAACUUCCACCCGGCUGUAUCAUCGGCAGUAUUCUAGAGCGUGAAGACCCCCGCGACGCCUUAAUAAUGAAAGCCGGAUCACCACAUAAAUCCCUCGAUGACCUCCCACCAGGUAGUGUAAUCGGUACCUCCUCCGUCCGUCGUGGCGCUCAAAUCCUAAAACGAUAUCCACAUUUAAAACUCGAGAAUGCUAGGGGUAAUGUUGAUACCCGUCUCCGCAAACUCGACGACCCAGAAUCUCCAUAUAGCUGUAUAAUCCUCGCCGCAGCCGGCUUAAUCCGCAUGGGCCUCCAAGACCGAAUAACAGCUUACCUCUCCUCUCCAACCCUCCUCCACGCUGUCGGUCAAGGCGCAAUCGGCGUCGAAAUUCGUUCCGAAGACCCCGAAGUCGCAGAAUUAGUAAAACCACUUACUCACAUCCCCACUUAUCUCUGUGCUCUUUCAGAGAGACAGUUAAUGAGGACCUUGGAAGGAGGAUGCAGCGUCCCCAUUGGCGUUGAGACAAAGUUCCUGGCCGAGGAUGGUGAGAAGGGGAACAUGAUACAUAUGAAGGCAUCCGUGUCGUCGGUUGAUGGGAGACAGACAGUGGAAAUUGAAGAUGUAUUAGCUUUGGACGAUGAAGCUAGUGGGUUAAAAUUAAGUGUUACAAGGGCGGAGGAUGUGGGCAGGUUGAUGGCCGCGAGGAUGUUGGAUCAAGGUGCCGGUACUAUCUUAAAUGCAAUCCAGCGAAGCAAAGAUACCGACCCACAGGCUGCAAAGGUCGCAGAGAAGGAAAGUGAAGUCGAAGAAGCGAUGAGGAAAUUGGUCGAGAAGCAGGAGGCAUCAGAGCAGUAG